UCCAUUGCAUGCUUCCUAGUUCCUGCUUGUACCCUUUCCAACUCUAAAUCUAUCAUAAUUUCUUGUAUAAAAAAGAAUAUCAUAAUUUCGUUCCAUAAAUUCCACCACUCUUAAAAAGCUUUCUUUAGAAAUACUAGCUAUAAAGGAGGGGCGGAAGGGAAAAAGGAGGCUCUUUUAGUGGUGAUGAUCUCGGUCUCCGUCGCGGCCUUGUGGACGAGGAACGCGUCGCCGGCGGUGCCGAGAUCGCCGGCGAAGAGGAGGGGCGGCGGCGGGGUGGACGAGGGUGGCCGCGGCAUGGAGGUGCUCCGGCGGCUGGGGCGGCGUGUGAAGCCCUUCGAGCAGGUGGGCGUGCUCGGCUUUCUCGCCUUCACCGCCGUCUUCUUCCUUCUCAUCUUCUACUUCUUCUACUCGAGCCGCGGUGGUCCAGCAUGGUCCGGCGGGACGGCGGAUGGCGCCGGCGGCGGAGUGAAAGGAGUUUGGGGGCUGGGAGUGGAGAUUGGCCGCAGCGGCAGCGGAGGCGGAGGCGACGGUGGCGGCGGCGGAGGAGGAGGAGGAGGAAAAGGAGAAGCGGGGGAGUGCGAUUGGUUCGAGGGUGAAUGGGUUUGGGACGAAAGUUAUCCGCUUUAUGAAUCGAGGGAUUGCAGGUUCUUGGAUGAGGGGUUUCGGUGCUCGGAGAAUGGGAGGAGGGAUCGGUUCUACACCAAGUGGCGGUGGCAGCCGGCGCGGUGCGAUCUACCCAGAUUUGAUGCCAAGAAGAUGAUUGAGAAGCUAAGAAACAGACGACUGGUUUUUGUGGGUGACUCGAUUGGGAGGAACCAAUGGGAGUCUCUUCUCUGCAUGCUUUCUAUGGCUGUUCCUGACAAGAGCUCUAUCUACGAAGUGAAUGGCAGUCCAAUUACAAAGCACAAGGGUUUCUUGAUUUUCAGAUUCAGGGACUACAACUGCACUGUGGAGUAUUAUAGAGCCCCAUUUUUGGUGCUCCAGAGCCGCCCCCCUGCUGGAGUGCCGGAGAAGGUAAAAACCACGCUUAAAUUGGACAUCAUGGAUUGGAUGUCCGGCCAGUGGAGGGAUGCUGAUGUGGUGAUCUUUAACACUGGGCACUGGUGGAACUAUGAGAAGACUAUCAGAGGAGGGUGUUAUUUCCAAGAAGGAGAGGAGGUAAAGAUGAACAUGAGCGUGGAUACUGCCUAUCGAAGAGCGAUUAAGACAUUGUUUGACUGGAUUGACAGAGAGGUCAAUAGGAAUAAGACCCAAGUCAUCUUCCGCACAUAUGCUCCUGUCCAUUUCAGAGGUGGCGACUGGAAGACAGGAGGAAGCUGUCACUUGGAGAAAUUCCCAGAGUUGAGUUCUUCAUCAAUGUCCCUGAAAGACUGGGAUCAUCUGCUGAAACCAUUUAGAAAUGUGACUUUGGAGAAUUUUUCUGGGACUCGGGUGCUAGAGUUGGAUGUGCUGAAUGUCACCCAGAUGACUGCUCGAAGGAGAGAUGGCCAUUUAUCCAUAUUUUACCUUGGUCCAUCAGGUCCUGCCCCUCUCCACAGGCAGGAUUGCAGUCACUGGUGCUUACCUGGGGUCCCUGAUGCAUGGAAUGAGCUGCUGUAUGCACUCUUUUUGAAAUGGGAAUCCAUGAUCUAUCAAAAUGUUUCUGCUUUGGGCAACACCAGGGUAAAGCUGGACUCAUAAAGGUGCUAAACUCAUCAUGGCAGAUAAUUUGCAUUGCAGUUCUGCAAGAAAGUGCACAACGGACACCUUCCAGGUUCCUGGUUGAAGCCUUUUGUGGGUGGAGGCAUAUCAUACAUAAGGGCCAACGCCAUAUUUUACAAGAUUUGUCGAUACAGGCUAUGGGUGUAGCAAAUAUAGAAGCAUAGGCAAUCAACAAAUUAACUUUGUAAAUAGAAAAAUUGAUGUCUGCAAUUUUUUAUUAGAUAAAUGGCAUCAAUCUCUAUAUAGGAUCGAGAAUUAUAUAUAGCAGCAGGAUGUUUGGAAAGUCUGGAUUUCAGCAAAGCCUUCUGCUUUCGAAUCACCUGUUAAGCUGUUGCAUCUACCUUUUCCCCCUUUUUUAGUUAAUUUUGUUUCCAUCAUUUUUAAUUUGUAGUGACAUAAAGAAAAGAAUUUUGUGUGAGCUUUUGUCAGAUUGUAAAGUUGAGUAUUUGAUGGUUGUAAUUGGUUGCUGUGGCUGGGAAAACCCAGUCGAAGGGCAAAGGUGUUCGAAGUUAUUAGCAUUCA